AUGACAAAAAACGUUAUCGAAAUUAGAAAACUGAAAAAGGUUUAUGAUGGUAGAACUGUACUGAAAAAUGUUAGUUUUUCGGUCAAAAAAGGUAGCAUUCAUGGUUUUAUUGGUCCCAAUGGAGCGGGCAAGACUACUACUUUAAAAUGUUUAAUGAGUGGAAUAAUACCCAGUGCCGGAGAAAUCUAUUUAGAAGGCAAGAAAGUUGGUGAAAAUGAACUGGCUAAUAAAAAGAUAGGAUUUAUGACUGAGCCAGCCGAAUUUACCGAUAAUCUAAGUCCAGACAUUUUAGUUUUGGACGAACCAACUUCUGGUUUAGACCCUUCCUAUCGCGGCAUUUUACUAAACCAAUUAGAGGGAGUUCGGAAGCGAGGUGGCACGGUAUUAAUUUCCAGUCAUAUUUUAUCAGAUUUGCAAAAGUUAGUUGAUUCAACUACUAUCAUUGAUAAAGGUAAAAUAAUUUAUACCGGGGAAAAACCGGACGAUAUUGAAGAAAUGUAUAAUAAAUUAGUCCUCAAAGAUAAAAUUAAAGCCAAAGAAGGACAAACUUGA